AUGGAACAAACGUGUGCAGGAUGCUUGGAAAUAAUCCCAAACAGAGAGUAUCUCACUUGUAUGCUGUGCAGUUGCAAAUACGACUUAAAAUGCGCUAGCAUAUCUUUUGAAAGAUUUAAAAGUUUCUAUAGCACACCGGAAUCUGAACACAGGAAAGCCUGGAAAUGUCCAUCCUGCCGCUGCAAAGAACCAAAAGGUGACAACUCAAAUACACCAGUCCGUUUGCGAGACAACGACGAAGCGUGCUAUCGUGAAACUUAUCCUGAGACAAGUAACAUCACCCUAAGGAAGAGGCCCCACCCAGCACUGAACAUAACCCCAUGCUUCGACGAGUCGAGUAUUUUAGGAGACACCCUGCACGCAGACGCCAACUCGACAACAAGCCAACAAGGUCUAUCCAUACCAUCAAAUAUAGCAGAUACAAUAACUUUAGAAAAAUUUGAAAAACUUCUAGAUAAAAAACUAGAAACCAAUAGGCAGUCGUUAAUCUCUGAGCUUAAAAUAACACUGCUCUCUGAAAUAAAUAAAGCAAUGACAGAAUUGAGAAACGAAAUAGCGCAAACAAACAAUACAAUAAAAUCAGAACAAGACAACCACAAACAAGCUAUUAGUAAAAUAAACAACACUAUUAUUUCCAUAGAAAAAGAACACAAAAAAAUAAAGACUGAAGUUGAAGAAAUAAAUAAAAUAACGGCCAUUUUCGGCCAGGCCUCUUCAAGUAACAAGGCCAUCCCUGUAAAUUGCACCCACUGCUCAGAAUAUAAAAACGAAAUCUGUCAAAAAAAACUUGUGUUAUAUGGACUUCAAGAAAAUCACUGGGAAAAUGAAUCAGAACUUUACGAUCGUAUUUUAUAUGUUUUCCAGGAUAUUCUUAAUGUAAAUUUAGUUGAAUAUAUUGAAGCCUGCACGAGGAUUGGUAGAAAAGGACAAAGAAGACCUAUAGUGAUAGAGCUCUUAAGUAAAAAGGUCACGAAAUACCUGCUGAAUAACAAAGCAUACUUCAAAAAUACGGGCGUAUGGAUUUCUGAAUUCCUCGACCAGGAAUCCCUAAAAAGUAGGCAUACUUUAAAAAAGACACUCUACAAAGCCAGACAAGAAGGACACCACGCAGUUAUAAAAAACAACAAGAUAUACAUAAAUGGAAAACUUGUAGAGCAACACGACCAGAGCCAUACAAACUUACUGAAAAGCUCUCCCCAAGAUAACAAUGCACAAAACUCUACUGACUUAACGACCAUAAACACAAAUAACACGACUCAAUCUAAAAACUGCGUUGAAAAUGUUGACCAUUUUUUUCGUAAAUAAGUUUAUAACGCUAUAC